AUGGAGGAGUACCUGCAGUAUAUGAAGACUCUCCGCUCUCAGAUGACUGAUGUGGAGGAUCACGCCGCAAAGGUCUCCGUCGAGGAACAGAUGCAGAUUACAACAAUCAAUACACUGGAGAAAGAUCUCGAUCAUGCAUUCUCUGAGACGAAGAGACUAAAAGAAGAGACGGAUCAGAAGACGAGAGUAAAAGGUGAAAUAUGCUCACAGAUACUUCAGAACCAGAGAAGAAUUUCGUCAAUGGAAUCUGAUUCAGCAAAUCUUGCACAGAGUCUUGAGCUUAUUCUACAAGAACGAGACAGCAUAUCUGCAAAACUUGUAUCAAAACGUUCUAACUAUGUCAAGACGGGAGAAGAAGCAAGAACCAAGCUAGAGGAGCAAAAGGGGUGGUUUGUUUCCCAUAUGAGCAAUAAAAAUGGUCAACAAGGACAGAAACAAGAAACAAUGAAAAACCAGAUGGAACUAUCAGAUUCUGUUAGAGCAAAGCUUGAUCAAGCGAAACAGAUGAGAUCCAACCUAAUCCAGGAAAAUUCCAAGAUGAAGCUAUCAAUUGAGCAUGUGAAGCACAAGAUUAAUGAGUUUAAGCCAGAGUUAAUGUCAUUGGAUAUCAAGAUUCUAGAAGAGGAAUACACAGCUCUAAAGUCAGAUGAAUCUGAAGAGGCAGAGUAUUUACUUUCGCUGCAGGGUCAAGCUGAGAAACUGAAGGGAAUUUCUUACAUUGCUAAAUGCGGCUGUGGAGAGGAAUACAGUGUUGGUCUAGCUUAG